AUGGAAGAAGGAGUCAGUAAGGUUAGUGAGGCCGUAGCUGUAAUUACGGGUGAAACAUCGUAUGACAUAACCCGUUUCGGCAUUUUUAAGCCGCCCGAGGGCAAUCUGAUACUACUCUGUGUAAUGUUGCUAUGUUGUGCUUUUUGCCUGGCAUACGUGUUGUGCAAGUAUUGGAGAGAAAAUACCCCAAGCGUCGAACCGGGUCCCGUUAGGAUCGUGGGAGGAGGAGGGCGCGGGAAGACACACCUAAAGUCUCACCAUGAAACGGCGAAGCCAGAUCCCAACACUUUCCUUUGUAUCGUUGCCAUGAGCGUCGCAACUGCUGUAUCGUUGGUCAUAGUUGUCUACGAUGCCUAUCGUAUAUAUGUGCUUGGCUCCAAUUUGCCAUUUUUUAAAACAAAAAUCGGAAUGGUUGUCGGGUGCUCUGUAUGUCCCGCGAUUGUCCUGGCUCUGAUUUUGGGAAUAGUAUUUGGAGUUUGGGCACCGGAACACACCCCUAUAGAUGUAUCUGCCGUCAAGGUACUGGUACUCGUCGACAACCGUGUGAUUGUAGUGGCAAUUGCGGCGUCACUUGCCCUUGUAACUGCGAUUGUCCUAAACACAUAA